CAGGGCUCGUAUCUUGUCUGGAAGAAUUAUGAUCCCGUCCGGAACAAUUGACUUUGCAUGUUAGAGAUGGGACCCGUGAUUGUCUUAGGAGGCGGAACACGAAGUUGCAGAUCAUGAUGGGAACUGAACGGUAUUCUGGAGCGGAAUAUUGACGUGGGCUGUGUUAUGCCAAGAUCGCCAAGGGGUGUCGUGGACGUCAUUAUUUAGAGCAGCAGCGGAAUGGGGGUUUACUAUGCGUGCGGUAUAGAGCUCAUAGUGUGGUUGGGAAGAUAAAUAGCACCGUCGCUCUCGCGAAUCUGUCUCGAAGUUCUAUCCGACAGCACAGCGCAAAGACACUCGCAAAGCUACAUUCACACCAUCAGACUUGAACAUAACACAAGCCCAGUUUCUUACCCACUAUGCAUUUCUUCACCCUGCUCCUCCUGGCCUACGCCGCCCUCACCGCCGCCGUGACCUGCGACGUCCGCGGCCAGGUCCACAACUACUUCGACUGCUUCAAGUGCCCCGCCCUGGCCUGCGGGUACAGCAAGCGCACCUUCAUCACCAAGGGGCUCACGCGCGACGUCAGUUGUCUGUGGACGGACGGCGAGCAGUACAAGGGUAUCAACGACUGGUACUAUGUCCCGGCCGACAAGUGCUAUAUCUGGGGUGGACGGAUCGAUACCAAGCACUGCAAGGGCAUUUCCAAAAUCCCCAAGUGCGAGCCGUGCACGCCUCAGACUGGCGCGCCGGUGCCUCUGCCCGUGGCGCCUCCUCCAGCGGCUGCUGCCGCGGCGGCGUCGGCUGGGGUCAGUGGUGGUGGCCCGGGAGGUCGAAGGGAUGUGGAGGUGGAGAGGGACGUGGAGGUGGAAUUUGAGGCGUAAGCUGAAAUAGCAAGGGUUGAAAGGGGCUAUGGUGGACGUAGGCAG